AUGUACAAUAAAAUUCACACAAUUUAUUAUAAAAAAUCAUUAAUUUUAUUGACAGCUAUUAUUUUUAUUAGUUUAUUAACCAAAGAAAUUGAUAGUAAACAGGAUUUACAACAGGAAGAGACAUUAACUAUGACUGCAGAGCACCGAUCGUUUCCCGAGACAAUAGUUCCUCACCCAAGCAUUCACGGAACUCUCGGUCCCAGUGCUGGUCAGUCUGAUGUGUUGGCCAAUGAGCCCUGGCCUGUAGGAAGACCAGAUGUCGCUCAGAUUAAGGCAAUAAACGUAAAAUGCGAGAAAUCAUUAAUGAAGGUUAACAUCGAGUUUGACAGACCUUUCUUUGGGCUUAUUUUCAGUAAAGGCCACUACAGCGAUCCUAAAUGCGUUCAUUUACCUCAAGGUAGCGGUCAAUUACAGGCAAAUUUUGAGAUAUAUCUCGGAGGUUGUGGUAUGAGUAGUAGUGAACAGAAUAGUAAUACAGCCGUCACCACAUCAACCAGUAGUCCGGGUGUUGGCUUAUUCAUCGAAAAUACUAUAAUAAUACAAUACGACCCACAGGUGCAAGAAAUAUGGGAUCAAGCAAGACGUUUACGGUGUACGUGGUAUGACUACUACGAAAAAGCCGUAUCCUUCCGUCCAUUCAAUGUCGAUAUGUUAGAUGCCGUAACUGCUAACUUCUUAGGUGAUAAUAUUCAAUGUUGGAUGCAGAUUCAAGUAGGAAAGGGACCAUGGGCCAGUGAAGUGGCCGGUAUUGUCAAAAUUGGGCAAACCAUGACAAUGGUUUUGGCCAUUAAAGAUGACGAAAACAAGUUUGAUAUGUUAGUCCGCAAUUGUAUAGCCCAUGACAGCAAACACCAACCAAUACAAUUGGUUGAUGAGUUUGGUUGUGUUGUCAGACCUAAGAUUAUGUCACGAUUUCAAAAAGUUAAAAAUUUUGGUCACUCGGCUACAGUUGUCUCAUAUGCUUACUUUCAAGCCUUCAAAUUUCCCGAUUCUAUGAAUGUUCACUUUCAAUGUGUAAUCCAAGUUUGCCGUUUUGAAUGUCCUGAACCCACCUGUGAUGGUGAUGUCAAUACUGAGUACAAUCCCGCACCACGAGACCAAUCACUUCAAUUUAGUGAAAGUAAACCAAACUAUGCUGUUUCGGGUCACAAACAAAGUGGUCCAAAGCCUAAUUCCAACUCACAAUUUCUAAACAGAAAGGGAGAAAUAACACCAACGGUUAUACCUAAAAAUGGACAGAUAGUUGGAUCGAUUAAAUCAAAUAUUAGUCGAGAUUACAGUAUUGCAGGAACCGGAGGAAUGCCUCGAUCUCUUAAAUUAGAUUCACGAAAGAAACGACAAACGCUUCAAAUGAAAGAUAUAAAAACUCAACGAAUCAUUCAAGUUGUGGCACCGGGAGAUGUGGCAUUUACUUUGCCAUUGAGUGCCGACAAUGAGACUAACUUUAUUGAUGUAUUAUCAAACAGAUUACUUAAAAAUGAUAAUUUGAUUUGUAUGUCGACCACUGGUUUUACAGCGGGACUGGUAUUACUGUUUUUACUACUAAUCCUCUCUUGUUUAGUGACAGUCUUUUUAUUUAUACGAUUGAGAAAUAUUCCUAAAAAGAUGUCUCCAAUGCAAUGCACGUGUGUUAAUGAAAAUCCAUAUUAUAUGCAAAUACCAUCCGUUUCUACCGUACAUAUAGCUUCUGUAUCUUAA